ACCGCACGCCUUUCGGCUGGCUCGUCCUCGGGUCGCUGUCCGGCCAGCGGAGAUCGGCCGGCUCCUCUCGCUUUUGGUAGGCCGCCUCCACCUCCACCGGCCACCGGCCACCGGCCACCGCCGCCACUCACUUGCUCCCGCUUUCGGUUUUGGCUCGUUUCUACGGAUGGGAAUAUAUUGUUCCGCUGCCACCUUUCAUUUGUUUUUGCUCCUCCAAGCUGCUACUGCUAGCCUAGCCAGCAGCCCCUUUUGGUGUCCGUUCCUGACGAAUCCGCCCAUCAUACCGCGAUCGUAGAUCGGCGGAUCUCCCCCGGCGUGCGCGCUCGCUAAUUCUCCGAUCGAACGCAAGCAAUCCUACUUCAAAGUCAACCACCUUUGACCAAUAUAAAUAGCUUUGGAGCAACUGCUGUGAAGACUUGAGUAUAUUACUAGACCAUGGGGACAAGAAUGACAAUCCCACAGCGAUUACCAGUGGCACUGUCCUCGGCAUUCCUCGAGUGGAUCUUGAUGCUGCUGCUAUUCAUUGAUGCAGUUUAUUCCUUCCUGGUCACCAAAUUUGCCCGUCUCUGCAAAUUACCUGUACCUUGCCCAUUCUGCUCAAGACUAGAUCAUGUUCUGGGUAACGAGGAACCAUGCUUCUAUAGGGAAUUGAUCUGCAAAACUCAUAAGUCAGAGAUCUCAUCUUUGGCCUUCUGCCGCCUCCACCAGAAACUUGCAGGUGUGGAAAGUAUGUGCGAAGGAUGCAGCAGUAGCUCACUUGCUGCAGACGAGAAGCCAAACAACGAUGAUAACACAGAUGAACCCAAGGACGCUGGCGAUGCAUUUGAUAGUAAUCGAGGAGAUAAUGAUGUAAUUCAUUCCCCUCUUACUAGAAUUUGUUCAUGUUGUGCGGAGAGAUUUGAACAACGGAGCAUAUCGCUGUUUUCUCGAAAGAUUGGAGAACUAAAACCUGCUGAACCUGCUAACUCACCUAUGAUUUGCACAGAUUAUUCUGUAUCAGGUCGGCUGGAUGAAUCUUUGGAAGCCAAAGACAUUUACCACCAGAGUGAUCAUACAUCUCAUGAGAGAUACAGUGGUCUACAGACGACAUCUGACUCCAAGGUCGAGGUUCCUUGUGCUGAUGAUGGCAGUCAUUCACACCCUCAUGAAGCCUAUGAUAUGGAAACUGACUUGCUGGUAGAUUCAGUUGUUGAGAAACCAGUUCUUCCAUGCCCUGAGGUGAUCAAGUCAUCUCAAGGGAAUGUGCAGAAAGAAGACAAAGUUACUUACACCGGUGAUAUAUCUUCAGCAUAUCCUGUUCUGGAUGAUCAUGAUCCUGACAAUGUGAUUAGUGCGAGUGAAAUGGAAGCAAAGCACAGGUCACCUGAAAGACGGGCAUCACUGCAUGACCCCCCAAUUGCUAUUGAAGAGUUGUGUUUAGAAGAUGCCACAAUUCCCCAAAUUCCAGUUGUAUCAAUUGGUGUGUUGCCUAAAAUUAUUGGUGAAACUGAAACAUGUGUGAGGAAGAGUGAAAGAAGCGUUGAUCCAUAUAUAUCUCAACUCGCAAUACCAGAACAACACUAUGCUUUUUCAGGGGACAAAAACAUAAAAGAUAAUCUGGAAGAAGCUUGCGGUUCAGAAAUCACUGUUAUAUCAAGUGGUGUGUUUCACCAGAGAAGCGCAUUAACUAAUGAUCUAGAUACAAGUGAACCAGUAGACCAGGACUCCCAACAUAGUGCUUCAGAAGAUAGAUAUCUAAAAGAUAAUGUCGGGGAUAACCACGUUUUACAGGUUAGUGCCGACUUAGAAACUCUUGUUGAAGUUGAAGGUCAUCCUAAGGAAGCUGAACCCAUUGGUGAUACAGGAAUGCAUGUACUGACAUCUCAAGACCCUUCCAAUGCAGAUUUCGAAGAUAUGAUAACAAAAGAUUUUACGGAAGAGGCUCAUAUUCCCCCUGUAGCUGCUAGAUCAAGUGGUGAAGUAUCUCAGGGUCUUGAUGCUAUUGAGGAAAAUCCCCAAACAAGCGAAACCAUUGAUGAAAGAAGACCAUCUCUUAGCACUCAGAUUAGCAUGAACGAAGCCUACAAUCUUGCCAUUGGUAUCAAGGGUAGCUUGCCAUCCCCUACCUUGACAGAUGUGAUUCUUGGGAAGGGCUCUUGUUCUAGUGUAAAUGAAGAAUUAAGGCUACUACUAUCACAGCUCUCAGCUUCCAGGGGGCUUGAGGCAACUUGGGUUGACCCGGGCCCUAGUCCACGGGCAUAUGGGCGUGGUGAUGAUUUGAUAGUGCAGAACAUAACAAAAAGAAUUUCGAUCGAGAGAAAUGUUUCUGGUUUGGAAUCGCUAGAUGGAAGCAUCAUUAGUGAGAUGGAAGGGGAAAGCACCAUCGACCGGUUGAGACGACAGAUUGAUCUAGACAGGAAGUCCAUACACCUUCUCUGCAGGGAGCUGGAAGAAGAGAGGAAUGCUGCAGCGAUUGCUGCGAGUCAAGCAUUGGCCAUGAUCACCAGGCUUCAGGAUGAGAAGGCAGCAAUGCAGAUGGAAGCUUCGCAUUACCAGCGGAUGAUGGACGAGCAAGCAGAGUACGAUAGCCAAGCUCUUGUGGAAGCCAACGAGCUGCUUGCUCAAAGAGAACAACAAGUAGAGGAAUUGGAAGCUGAGCUUGAAAACUACAGGACAAAGUUUGGAGAUGGAGGACCAACAGAGAAACAAGACACUCAAGUUCCCUUAAAAGAACAAAACACAACUACAUCGUUCCUUGAACAUGAGAGGUCAUACAUAGCAGAAUGUUUAAGGAAACUGGAGCACAAACUUCAGUUGUACUCCAACAGUACUUUUACAGAUCUAUCAAAUUCAGAUGCUAUAGAGUACGACCUUUCCGACAAAAUGCUCGACACUCUACAAUGUCAAAAGAGCUCAAGGGAGACACGAGAUCCCGUUCCCUUGGUCAAGGAAAGUCAGUCACCAACAAUGAAUGGGGAGAUUGAUGUAUCCACAUUUCAAGAGGAAAUCUCCAACUUGCAUAAAAGAUUGAAGACACUAGAAGGAGACCGCGACUUUCUUGAGCACAGCAUAAACUCCCUUCGGAAUGGCAAAGAAGGUGUAUUGUUCAUAAGGGAAAUUGCCUGCAACCUCAGACAACUAAGAGGGAUUGCAAUUGACAGAUAGCACGCUCCCACUUGGUUUUUAUCUGUUCAUGCAAAACAUCUUUGUGCAGCAAAUUAUCACCUACCUUGUACAUUCCAUAUUUCUGUACCCUCUGAAAUCGUUGUUAGGCUGCCACACACCAAGCUUUGUUUUUAACUAACGGAAAAUUUACACACAAAAAUACUUGUAAGCAUGAAAGGCAGAACGUACUUGUAGGCAGAGCUCUAUGUUUUUUUAUUAGAGGAGUGGGUUUGUUUUACAUAUUGAGAUGGUAGUGACAAAAUACCAAGUGGUCGUCUCUUUAUUAUUCUUUCGACAAACAAGUGAUACAUACUUGAGAAAUAUACAUGUAUAACCUGGUUGAGUUGUGACA